AUGCACAGACGCUCGUCUGGCUCCCCUGUCGAGGACGACGCUGAAGAUUCCUUGGCUCGAACCCCAGACGAUCAUGGAUCUCAUGCCAUCGAGACCCCCAACGACAAUUCGCGAUCGCAGAUAGCCCAGCGCGGCACCAGUUUCGAUCUCCGCCGCGACUCCUCGACGCCGCGCUCGCGGAAUUCCAGCCUCUGGCGCACCCCAUCCUUCCAACCAUCCAACGAUACCAAAACCAUGCCAUUGGGCUCGCCACGGCUUCCGAUGGAGGCUCCCUCCCCGGACGGCCGUCGCUCGCGACAAUCCCGUCUGCGCAGCCCCUGGUCAUGUUCCAUCCUAACCGCUUUCACCACCUGCGUCGCUGUCGUCUUUUUGAUCUCCAUCCUGCGCUCCUUUACCGGCCGGCAAGUCGGUAGCAAUGGAUGUGGCGUUCCCAUGAUGAGCCCGACAUUUAUUCGAAUGUUGGAGUUUGAUACGGAACACACGCGCUUUGCGAGCAAAUAUAACCUCUACCUAUACCGGGAGGAGGGCGUGGAUCCCUAUACCCAGGAUAACGUUGGGUUGAAUGGCGUCCCAGUUCUGUUUCUUCCCGGCAACGCGGGCAGCUACCGACAGGUUCGGUCCCUGGCUGCGGAGGCCUCUCGGCAUUACUACGAUGUGGUUCGACACGACGAGGACCGACAUGCGGCUGGUACACGCAGUUUGGACUUCUUCAUGGUUGAUUUUAAUGAAGACAUGGCGGCAUUUCACGGACAGACCUUGUUGGACCAGGCGGAAUACGUGAACGAGGCUAUCUCGUACAUCCUGUCGCUUUAUCACGACCCACGGCGAACCCGACGAGAUCCAGGGCUGCCAGACCCUAAUGCGGUUGUUCUCAUUGGCCAUUCCAUGGGCGGAAUUGUUGCGCGCACGGUUUUGACUAUGGCCAACUACCAGGCGAACUCGGUCAAUACCAUCAUCACCAUGUCUGCUCCCCAUGCGAAACCACCUGUCUCAUUUGACUCGGACAUUGUCCAUACCUACAAACAAAUCAACGACUACUGGCGCGAGGCCUACUCACAGACAUGGGCCAACAACAACCCGCUGUGGCAUGUCACCCUCAUCUCCAUCGCGGGGGGUGCUCGUGACACCGUGGUGCCAUCUGAUUACGCGAGUAUCUCCUCGCUGGUUCCCGAAACACACGGAUUUACCGUGUUUACCUCGACCAUUCCGGACGUGUGGAUUGGCAUGGACCAUCUGUCGAUCACCUGGUGCGACCAGUUCCGCAAAGCCAUCAUUAAGUCGCUGUUCGAGAUUGUUGACGCUCGUCGCCCAACCCAGACGAAGCCGAGAGCAGAGCGAAUGCGAGUGCUCAAGCGGUGGUACUUGACUGGACUUGAGUCGGUGGCCGAGCGGUCACUGUCACAAAAAGAACCGAAUACCCUCCUAACGCUGGAGGACAACGCAAACACCAUCCUUGCCCAGGGCCAGCGGUUGAUCCUCCGUGAACUAGGUCUCCAGAACGGCCCUGAUGUUCGCGUUCUGCCGAUCCCUCCCCAGGGUGUUCCCGGUAAAAAGUUCACACUUCUUACAGACCAAAGUCUGGAUAAAGAUGGAAACAUCGAAGUAUUUUUCUGCAGCGUCUUCCCGCUCAGCGGCAGCCGGUCGAAUGUCUUCGCGAUGAACCUGGAUUUUUCAGGAGGUACCGUGGGCUCGACCCGUCUAGCUUGCAAGACUGCGGUCGAGGAUAGGAUUCACUUGCCGGCUUCAACUCACUUGUCACGUCACGCAUACGAUCGGGUCCCACCGUUUUCCUAUCUCCAGUAUGACUUGGAGGGCCUCGCAGAGCAUCAAUUUGUGGCCAUCGUGGACAAGGCUAGUGCCCCUACGCAAGGCUUUUUGGUUGCCGAGUUUUCCGAUAGUUCGGACGCAAUGAUCCGCACCAAGGUAGGCCUUGGUGGUUUGCUCAGUGCUGGCCUGAAGGUGCGGCUUCCCGCCAAUCGGCCCAUGCUCACCGAAGUGCAAAUCCCGGCCCUGCAUUCUAGCCUGCUGGACUAUCGGCUCAAGAUCACUCGGCAAUCUCAGAAGGAGGAACUCUUCGCCCCGCUCUUGCGACAGUCCGUUUCUGACCCGCAUGAAUCCAAGUUCUUUGUGAAUGUCGACGAGGUCAACGUCAACUUGCACGGCAUGGCACCGUUUAUGCCGCCUGCGCUUCGUGACCAGGCUGCUCUGGGUGGGGUAUCCUUCCAGCUCUGGACGGACCCUAGCUCCGACUCGACAGUCGAUAUCUCGCUGCAGGUUGACAUCUCUAGUAGUCUCGGUGAGCUUGUCAUGCGUUAUCGCACUAUCUUUGCGGCGUUCCCGUUGCUGGUGGUGGCACUGGUCUUGCGCAAGCAGUUCCAGGUGUAUGACGAGACUGGGUAUUUCAUUCCAUUCGGCGAUGGCCUCGACCGUGCCCUGCGAUCUUCCCUUCCUCUUUUAUUGGUAGCGAUGUCGUUGCUGGCCUCCUCCCUGGCCACCUCGACGACAUUGCCCCAGUCCGAGGACCCAUUCCACUGGCGAACAAACUCCACCGAGACUCCUAUCGACUUCACAAAGAACGAUCUGUUGCUGGGCUCCCAGGACGCCUUUUUCUGGUUCUUGGUUCCGUUCUUUGGCCUUAUCAGUGUCGGUGCCUGCGUCAUCGUCAACUAUCUAGCCAUCAUUAUCGUCAAUAUCUUUUCUUUGAUUUACGGAGCCUUGAACAGCAAGUCGGGUUAUAUCAGACGUGAAGACCGAGGAAACAUGCCCAUCUUCAACACUCCCACUCCCCGACGACGGGUGAUCCAUACCGCCAUCCUCUUGAUACUCGUGUCGACCGUGAUUCCGUAUCAGUUUGCGUACAUGGUUGCCUGUAUUGUGCAGUUGGCCACAUGUGUGCGGGCACAGUGGCAUUCCAAAGAAAUCAAAUCCAUGUCCCACGUGAGCUUCGGCCACUACGCACACUCGAUUUUGAUCCUGAUGCUGUGGAUCCUGCCCAUCAAUGUUCUUGUGCUUCUGGUCUGGGCCCACAACCUCGUGGUGCACUGGUUCAUGCCGUUCUCGUCCCACCAUAACGUGCUGUCGAUCAUGCCGUUCCUCGUUCUAGUCGAGACCAUGACCAGCGGAGCUAUGAUUCCACGCCUCACGAAUCGGCUGAGGUACGUCACGUCGAUGAUCUUUUUCAUCAUCGCCAUGUAUUCGGCGGUAUAUGGAGUCUCGUACGCGUACCUCCUCCACCACCUCGCCAACCUCCUCGCUGCCUGGUUUAUCGGGAUUUAUCUAUUCGGCAAUAACUUCUCCCCGCGCCGACUGUGGCGCAUGAUUGAUGGCGACGAACUACCCCCAUCCGAACCGGGGAGCAGUCACAUUAAGAAAAAGCCCUGA